AUGGUUAGUAAGCACCACCCGACCGCAGGGGACCGCAUCCCCAACUGCAUUCACCUGUCCGCCAGGCGCCAACAGGAGCUCACGGACACGGCCGACGCCCUCAUCGCCGAAACGCUCGACACGUACGAAGGGUUUGUCGCGAACGGACGGCAGCUGCCCACUGACCGAUGGAAACACGUCAAGUCGCGGGAAAACAAGAAGAAGAAGAAGAAGGCCUACAAGACGGACCCGAGUCGGCCGCGGCUCAUGUCGGCCGGGGCCAUCGAGCAGCACCAGCACCAGGCGGCCGUCCACGGCCGACCGUGUGCCUUUGACGCUCCGGUUCCUGACGUCGACAUUAGCAGUACGGCCACGCACAGCUCGUCGAGUCAGGAGGCAAACGAAGAGGACGGGGCGUCCACGUCGCUGUUCGACCACAGUGUGCUGGCCGCCGUCAAGCCGCCGCACGUGCCGCUCAUGGUCGCCACGGGGGAGCUCAAGGGCUCGCUCGACGACGUCGCGUUCGGCGGGUUGGCCAACACGCACCGCGCGUGGCUCGUGCGGAACUCGUACGUGCAGAACGACUUGUUCGACGACCGCAAAGUCGUUGCGACGCUGCAGUCGCCGAGCGACGCCGAUCCGUUUCGCUCGGUCACGAUCAAGUGGGGCACGGCCGACUACGGCGCGUUCACGACGCGGCGGGACGUUGUCUACCUCGAGUCGCAGGGAAUGGCCUUUGACGCCGACGGCGGCCGCGUGUUUUACUAUCUGAUCCACUCGGUCGACUUGGCCGAGAUCCCGCGACUCGACCUCCUGCAUAACGUCAUUCGGAUCCGCCUCUCCGUGUGUUACAUCACGAGACAGCUCGAAGAAAGACCCGACGACGUGGUCGAGAUGUUUGGACGGGGGUUCGUCGACCUUCGCGGCGAUAUGCUCGCGAGUUACAGUGUGUCGCUACUGGCGAACAACAUCACGUCCAGUGCCGGCGUUGUCGAGUGUGCCACUAUGAAGAAGCUGAGCUACUUAUUGACUCGACGACGCCGCAGCGAUACGUCGGGCGUUGAAGUACUUGCGCGGGAUUGCGGCGUGUGCCAUAACCCCCUGAGCAAACUCGGGAGUUUGUUGCAGUUCCCUGCGAGUUGCCCCAUCUGCCGGAACGUCAUGUGCAGCAAGUGCAGUGUCCAGAAGAAGCUCACGAUCGACGCGUCAAUCGAAGCGACGCAGAAGAAGACGUUUACGUUUUGCCUCUCGUGUGUCAUUGAAGCGCGCGAGUUGUCGGCGUGGGAAGUGGCGGCUGCUUGUCUUCAUAGUUAG